GACACUACGUCGGACCCCCCCCCCCCCUCCUACUGUCUCACAAACAAUCUGGACCACCUCCGCAGGCACAGCUGGCAGCCUGGAGCAAUGAUGUAUGGCUGCCCCCCGCAGUACCAGCAACGCAGUGUGAGUCUGGAGGGUUUCGACACAGAAGAGAUGGAGCAGGUACUCCUUGGGGCCCUGGAGGGGUUCAGCAGAGGGGGGCGGGACCCUCGCCGAGCCCCCAUCACCACCUAUGGCCAGGAGCUGGGCUCCCUGCUGUCACUCACAGAGGAGGAGGCGGGCUGCCAGACCCAGCUCUUCUCCCCAUUUGAGCUGCAGGGCUUCAGUGCCUCCGCUCCCUCCCUGUGUGCCAGUCCCAGUCUGCGCCAGCUACCCAAAGCCAACCUCCACCCUCCAACCCACGCACACACUCAUACACACUCUCAGACACCUCACACACUCACAAAACCACCACCAUCAUCAGCCUUGCCAUCGCUCCUACUCAAACUCCAAUUCCAUCUCCCAACGCCACUACCAAGAGUCUUCCCUGGGCUCUGUAUUUGGGGGUUCCACACAGAGUGUGGAUGAGGAGCUUGGUGAGCUGUGGAGGCAGGAAGACAGGCAGCGGCUGGGCGAAGAGAGAGAGAGGUGGAGGGAGGAGAGAAGGACGGAGGGACUGAGGGGUGCUCCCCCCGGGGAGGAGAGGGGGGAGAAGACAGGAAGGCCUCUGGGACGCACCUUCAGCUUCCUGCGCAAGAUGGCCGUCCAGCGCAAGAACAAAGAGAAGGAGCGGAUGAAGGAGAGGGAGAAGGAGGCGCGAGAGCGGGAGGCGCGCUAUAGCAACGGCCACCUCUUCACUUCCCUCACCGUGUCUGCCACCACCCUCUGUUCCGCCUGCAACAAGAGCAUCACCGCUAAAGAGGCCCUCAGCUGCCCCACCUGCAAUGUCACCAUCCACAACCGCUGUCGAGACACACUGGCCAACUGUGUCAAGAUGAAACAAAAGCAACAGAAGCUAGCCCUGGUGAGGAACAGCUCUGCGCUGCCGAACGUAGCUCUGAGGACCAAAACCCCUAUGAUGAAGGAGCGGCCCAGCUCAGCCAUCUAUCCGUCCGACAGUCUCCGUCAGUCCCUGCUGGGCUCUCGCCGUGUCCGCUCUGGCCUCUCCCUCUCCAAGAGUGUCUCCACACAAAACCUGGCAGGGAAUCUGAAUGACGACUCACCGUUGGGGCUGCGGAGGAUCCUGUCUCAGUCCACAGACUCCCUGAACUUCAGAAACAGAGCCAUGUCAAUGGAGUCCCUCAACGACGAGGGGGAGGUGUACUAUGCUGCCAUGUUGGAGGAGCUGGAGAGGGAGGGGAAAGACUUUGAGGCUGACUCGUGGAGCCGGGCCGUAGACCCCUCCUACCUGCAGACGCACCGCAAAGACGUCAUCAAGAGACAGGACGUCAUCUAUGAGCUGAUCCAGACAGAGUUCCACCACGUGAGGACCCUGCGGAUCAUGGAGGGGGUGUUCCGGCAGGGCAUGCUGGACGAGGUGCUGCUGGAGCCGGGCGUGGCGCACGCUGUCUUCCCCUGUCUGGAGCAGCUGAUGGCGCUACACACACGUUUCCUUUCCCAGCUUAUGACACGACGCACACACAGUCUAGCCCCCGGUAGCGGUACUAACUUUACUAUCAACCAACUGGGGGAUAUACUGACUGAACAGUUCUCAGGUCAGUGUGCAGAUGAGAUGAGGAAAGCCUAUGCUGAGUUCUGUAGCCGCCACCCCAAAGCUGUGAAACUAUACAAGGAACUGCUGGCCAGAGACAAGAGGUUUCAGCACUUCAUACGGAGGGUAAGCCGGGGGCCCCUGCUGCGUCGCCAUGGCAUCCAGGAGUGCAUCCUGCUGGUGACUCAACGCAUCACCAAAUACCCUGUCCUCAUCCAGCGCAUCCUGGACAACACCAAGGGCAGUGAAGAGGAGGCCCAGUCCUUAGCCCAGUCCCUGUCCCUGAUCCGGGACUUGUUGAGCUCUGUGGACCAGCAGGUGGCAGAGCUGGAGCGGACCCAGAGGCUCCAGGAGAUCAGGGCCAGAUUGGACCCCCGGGCCCAGGCAGAGGUCAGGGGAGGAGGGGUGUUCAGGGGAGGGGAACUGCUCCGCAGGACGCUCCUCCACGAGGGCACACUGCUGUGGAAGACGCAAGGAUCCAGACUCAAAGAUGUGCAGGUCCUGCUGAUGACAGACAUCCUGGUGUUCAUGCAGGAGAAGGACCAGAAGUAUUUAUUCCCCUGCAUAGACAAGCCUGCAGUGUUGUCUCUGAAGAACCUGAUCGUGAGGGACAUAGCCAAUCAGGAGCGAGGGAUGUUCCUGAUCAGUGACUCCACCCCCCCAGAGAUGUACGAGCUGCACGGCGCCUCACGAGACGACAGGAACAACUGGAUGAGACUCAUACAGCAGACAGUCAGCAGCUGUCCGUCUAGAGAGGACUUCCCCCUGAUAGAGACAGAGGACAAGGCCUUACUGCGCCGACUCAGAGCUGACAUCCAGCAGAAGGACAGGGAGGUGCUGGAGCUCCUCCAGGAGAGAGUGACUCUGUUCUCUGACCUGGCUGAGGUCACCGGUGGGUGUCAGGAGGUCACGCCCCCCACCAACUCUAGGAACAUCUUCCGGGCCGACACCCCCUACGCACCCCAGGCGGAAUACCUACUCACCGACGCCAUCUCAGAGGUUGACAGGCUCAGUGAGUUGCUGCUGGGCUCCAACAUAGAGCUUCCCAAGUCCAAUGGUAGCACCAACGGUACCAAUGAUGACCAGAACCACAAAGGGGCGCCAGUGAGCAAUGGAGAUUCGACCUCCGUCAACGGGACUCAUGAAAUGAAAGGAAGUCCAGCGUCCAGGGACAGAAAUGGUAACCAGCUACAGGACAGACCCCUAAAUGAGGAGGUGUGUCAGAGGCUUGUGAACCUCAGUGCUCAUCUCCAAUCUCUACAGGCCGCCGUCAUUCACCAAGACUCUGUCCUCGAGCUCCGCCUCCAUGAGGGCACAGGCCCUGCCUCCUCAGGUUCCCCGACUCCCACCCCCACUCCUCCAAACUCCUUCCCCAGGCUGUGCCGUUCCAUGUCACGUGACACAGGUCUGGAUGCGGGCAUGGUGGCAGCCAUGGGGGAAAUGGCCAUGCUCCAGAAGCAGCAUGAUCUGCUGCAGGAGGAGGUGGUGAGGCUGCGCCCCCUGGAGGCCAGGCUGAGGGAGAGCGAGAGGGUCCGGGCUCAGCUGGAGCAGCAGAUCAGGGACAAUAAGGGCAGGAGGGGAAGGAGGGGCAGGAGGGGCGGCAGAGGCAACAACGAAGACAUUGUGGUGGAUGUUACAGCUUUAGAGCAGGCUCCCUCUAAAAGGAGAGGAAGUGGUGACGGCGAGCCCAGCCCUGUCGCCCCAUUGGCCUGUCAGGAACCAGUGGACCAAUUGGACGGCGUACAGGAAGGCAGUGAGGAGGAGUCAGAGGAAGAGGCAGAUGUAGUGAAGGUUUCACCACGCUCUGACAGUCCAAGAGAUCUCCAGGAUAUCCCGGAGGAGAGCGAGUGCGGACCGGAAGCGCAGGAAUCCAAAGGCUGAUUCCGAGACUGUUCCGAGUUAACAUUGACCUCAAACUGGAUACGCAAACCAGAAAACAGGACUUGAGAGCUGGACCAACAUAUUGUCAACCUCCAACCAACCAGACCUGAUAGAAAUUAUCUUCAGUGAUUCCAUCUAUUCGUCUUUCUUUGGCAUAGAAAGCCUACCCAGGAAUUGUGUAUUGUAUCAUGGUAUAUGUUAGUUCGGAGAUGUUAUAUGUUUUUCUAAUGUUAUGUUAAAAGCUUAAUCCUCGGGAUUGAACCCCUUUUUCCAAUCCCACUCUUCAUUUCUUCUUUCCCUUUUCAAAACAAGGAUGACUAAUAACAGAGAGGGAUUGGGGGGUGAAGAGGAGGAGUUGUUCGUAACAACAAUGGAAUUCUAAUGGUGGACUGUUGAUCUAUAGGUGUCUGCUGAUACCAGUAGGAACUAUUCUGUACUGUAACAGCCUGUCAUUGUUGUACAUUUAGUGUCACCUCUCUACAGACCUGGUUUGUCUGUGGUGGUGGAGCUGACUGAUUGAAACAGAACUUAGAUCAGUAAAGGAGGGCGGGACAGGAAAAGGGGGAGGACAGGACAGAAAAGGGGGAUAUAUAUAUGUGUGUGUAUACAUAUGUGUAUAUAUAUAUAUAUGUAUGUAUAUAUGUGUAUAUAUAUAAUAUAUAUAUAUAUAUAUAUAUAUAUAUAUAUAUAUAUAUAUAUAUAUAUAUACACUUUAUAUAGUUGUUAAAAAAAAUGUGGGUAUUAAUCAACUCUCACCCCCCACCCCCAUUCUUGAACACAAACACUUGAAAACACUUGUGCUUUUUAUAAACCAAAUUGUUUCUUUUUUCUAGGAAGACAACAGUAGUGAGCCACCAUGGGGGGGUUUAUACUGAAUAUUUUAUAAAAAUGGGGAGGAGGGAGGUUUGCAAUGAACUGUUCUGACUUUUGGAGGAUACACAGAAGGACCAUACUGAACCAAAAAACAACAACAUUCAUAUUUGAAUUAGGAUAAAGAAUUGCAUCCUUAGAAUAAGGAUAGACUAAUCUGGCUGACUGUACCUGGAAUAUGUUAACCUCAUAUCUCAUCUACAGUUGUAUGUUUCAUACACAAACUACUAAAACGUGGUUUACACUGCACUCAAUCGUGAGUUCAGAUUUGCCGGUGGAAUUGACUUUGAUCGUCUCUAAUGUAUUUCACCCAUAUGGUUUUUUAGGAUGAUAAACUGUUGCUACCAGCCAACUCCACCAGCAACACUGACACCAACCAAAACCUCCUUUAACAAAAAGUCAACCUUUUUAGAACCGUUUUUGAGCUCACCCCUUGACCAUGAAGCAACUAUUAUGUAGGAAUGGAAAUGAUUUGACUGGAUUCAAAAGGUGUUUCCUUGUUUGAAAUACAUUUUUAAAAAUGUGUUUUUUUCUUUAUAUGCUACAUAUAUUCUAUAGGAAGAAUUUGUAUAAAUAUUUGAUCUGUUCUGAAAAAAGAAAAUGACUUUUAACGUUAAUGUUGUAAUUUUAUUGUCUUUUUAUAAUUUUUAUUUUAGUUACAAUUAUUGUUAAUUUUGUGUAUUGUUUAUAAAUGUUACAGAAAUCUA